AAAGCAUGAGCAAUGCCGAUCUUGGAGCGCCUCCAGUGGAGGGACUGUCGGGCGGAGGGACUGGCUACGGCUGGGGCGAUUGCGGCAUCGCCGUCUCUCGCCCUGGAUCCGUGGACAUCGCCAAGAAUCCGGCGUCCGAUCUCUUCAGCGUGUGGUGCAUGCCGAGCACGGCCACGGUGGGGCACCAGGAGCCCCCGCGGGCGCUAGAUCAGUUAAAUUUAUUGAUUGCGAGGAACGAGCGGGAGAGCGCUCAAAUCGCUCUUCGCCCGAAAAUCUCUUGGGCUUGCGGUGGUGCUGUCGGUCACGUUCAAGUGCACUGCAGAGAUUUUGUCUCGGCUUCUGGAGAUCGGCUGGAGAGCGUUUCCUUGCGGCGAGUUGUUCCUAUACUUGGAGUGCCUGAUGCUCUCGUCCCGGUGAGCAUGCCAACUUGUCAAGUUUCGCUUUUGCCUGGGGAAACAUCUGCUCUGUGGUUGUCUGUGCAUGUUCCGUCGUCGCAAACUCCAGGAGUGUACGAAGGCGAGAUGACCUUUAGUGCCGUCAAGGCGGAUGCAGAGUUCUCUGUCGACGAAGGCGACAAGUUGGAGCUCAGGAAGAUGGUCGAAAAUGUGGCUGCUAAAAUGGACGAUACAAGACAGAAUCCGAUGGAAUUGCUUGAAGAAGUAAGACAGGACUUGCAACACCUGCUUGACCACCCGGCGCUUGCGCAUAAUGGAAAGAUGGAGAUAGAUGAAGAAUCUCUUUCCCUGAAACUGAAGAUCAGUAUCACGGUCUGGGACUUUGUUCUACCUGUUACGCCAACGCUUCCCGCUGUUUUUGGGGUCUCUGAAACUGUGAUUGAAGACCGCUUUAAUGUGGAGCAUGGGAGUAGUGGCUGGUAUAAUGCUUUAGAUAGGCAUUACCAGUGGCUGCUGCAGUUCAGAAUCAGCCCGUAUUUUUGUAGAUGGGGUGAUAACAUGCGUAUACUAGCUUAUACGUGUCCCUGGCCAGCUGACCAUGUCAAGGCAGAGGAAUACUAUUCGGAUCCAAGGCUUGCAGCCUAUGCUGUUCCUUAUGCUCCUGUUCUUUCCAACUCCAAUGCAGUCAAGGAUCUCGUGACAAGGGAGAUCGAAAUUCUAAGCACAAAAGAGCACUGGCGGAAGUCAUAUUUUUAUUUGUGGGACGAGCCUUUGAGCUCGGACCAAUACGAUUUUAUCCGAACAAUGUCAGAAGAGAUCAGGUCAAUUGCGCCAAACUCUCGAAUUUUAACGACUUAUUAUUCUGGUCCAAGCGACGUGCAAUAUCCACCUGGGAGUUUUGAGGCGUUUAUAAAAGUUCCAUCGUUUCUACGGCCUCAUACGCAAAUAUUUUGCACGAGUGAAUGGGUGUUGGGAGGUCGCGAGGACCUGGUCAAAGAAAUCGUAGCGGAAUUGCAACCCGAUCAACGCGAGGAAUGGUGGACUUACGUUUGUAUGGGGCCGUCUGAUCCUCACCCAAACUGGCACCUUGGAAUGCGAGGUACGCAACACCGUGGGGUUCUCUGGCGAGCGUGGAAAGAAGGAGGCUCGGGAUUCCUUUACUGGGGUACGAAUUGCUACGAGAAAUCACUCUGUCCUGCUGCUGAGAUACGUUUCCGUCGGGGCUUGCCUCCCGGAGAUGGCGUUUUGUUCUAUCCCGGGGAAGUUUUCACCCCAGGCAGCAGUGAGCCGGUUUCUUCAGUACGCCUCGAAAGAGUUCUAAGUGGACUCCAGGACUUGGAGUAUCUCAAUCUCUACGCUUCCUGCUUUGGGAAGCCGGCGUCCGUGGCGCUGCUGGAAAAGUGUGGCGUGUAUCUGGGGCCUGAGCGAUACACGCAGGAUCACGCAGCCAUCGACGCGAUGAGAACCGAAAUCUAUUGCUCAUGCCGGAGUUCAUCGUAAGAUCAUCACUUAAGGUGUCUAAAGCGGUAACUUCUCGUAAUUUUCCCCCAAAUCUAUUUCUUCGAGGGCCACUUGUGAUUGUGAAGCGGCAUCUCGUCUCCUCCGCUAGGAUUUGUUUUUUGUCCCAUUUUUUUGAAUGAACCGUGCCUCUAUUUUCUA